UUGUGGAUUAUGAAAAGUCAAGGGUCACCUUUUCCCAUCUGAUAUUUGUUAUAGAUUACAAGUUAAUUUUGUUUAUUUUUAAUUUGAGGGAUAUAUAUAUUUUUUCAAAUGAAAAAUAAAAAUAUUUAACUUGUGAUUUGACGGUUCACAAAUUAUUGAAGACUUGCUAGUUUUACAUCUACGGCACUUGUUUGUUUUUAGUCUACGCCUGUAAUUAACUCCGAGAAGAAUUGAAGGACGGACAAUGGUAGGGGCAGCUGCUGAAGCAAACUAAAUCCUUCGACGAUAUGACUGAAUUGGAAACUGGGUAUUCUAUAGAUAUCCAAAACGUCAACAUCGAUGGCGAUUUUGAGUCGCACAACACAGCAGAUGGCUUGAAUCAAAGGGUCGCCGGAGAUGGCUUGAAUGUAUCAGAGGCUGCCCUCAGCAUAGAUGAUCAAGAAGGGGACGAAAGCAAGAAGGAUAGCUCGAACCAAAGGUAUGUGAACGUGGAACGAAUUUUCCUUAUCACAAAUUUUGUUAUGGAGCUUCCAUCAGCUAUCUUCGAUCAGCUAUCCUCAGUUCAAAAACCCCAGUAUGCAUUAAUCAGUAUGAUCAUAUCUUUCACAGUAAUGUUCAUCUGCAUCAUUGAUCUUGCUCGAACCGGUCGACGAGAAAGAGUUAAACUGAUGAUGAGAGGCCAUAUACCUUGGUUUUACUCUCCAUCUCCAAGUCACAAGCCUCUGGGGACAUUUGUUGAUAUUGUUGGAUUAGUUUGUGGAAUCUUCCAAUGUGUUUUUGCAGCAAUUGCUUAUGCCUUUCUGUGUCAUAAGGCUCAAAGUCCUAUCAAAAUCUGUGUUUGGCCUUUAAUCUUUGCAUCUGGUGUAUUAUGGUCUAGAUUUCCCAGGAAUGCAUAUGUCCUUGAACCCUCAGAAGUUAAUGCAGACAAUCAUGCUCAUCCUCAACAUGCCCUGAAAUUCCAUUACUUCAAAUGGAUCAGAAAAUUUUCAAAGAGAUUCUUUAGAGGGGUCAAAGUAAAGAAUGAUGAUGAAAAGGAUGCCGACGUGAACGCCAAGGUCAUCACUGUUUAUAAAGUGGACAUGCAUUGCGAGGAUUGUAGCAGAAAAAUUAGACGCACUAUUGAACUUUUUGAAGGUGUGGAAGCCGUAGAGACAGAUUCUGAAGGCAACACACUAACGGUCACCGGGAAAGUAGACCCGAUGAAAAUCAAGGCGAAGCUGGAGAAGAAAACCAAGAGGAAAGUCGAUAUUUUGUCAUAAAAAUCUGAAAUCCAAGCACGGGAGUUCUCUGCAAUCAAGCAUCUGUAACAAUGCACAUGUAUAUAUUAAAUAAAAACUACGUCGCUUUUCUUGUUCAGCAUGUGGGAAGGAACAAGGUAGCACAGGAAGCCGUCCUGCUACAUAGCUAUUUCCAACCGGUUUGCUAGAAAUAUUCAAAAUUUGCAAGCUAUUGUUUAACCGAGAGACCCUUAAAUUGUUAGGGUUUCUACUAUUUCAAACUAAGGAAAGUCGCUGUACAACCUUUCUUUUUUUAGAUAUAUUAUGCAAGGAAUUUUCAUUCA